GCAAGCGCCAUGUUGAAGUCAUCACUGCCACUCAGCUCUCUCUUAUUCCUGCAACUGCUUCUGCUGGGGGUGGGGCUGAGCACCAAGGACACCCCAUCCAGUGGGAAUGAAGACAUCAUAGCUGAUUACUUCCUGACGGCUCCACCACCCGCUGGCACCCUCAGUGUCUCCACCCUACCCCUCCCAGAGGUUCAGUGUUUUGUGUUCAAUCGUGAGUACAUGAAUUGCACAUGGAACAGCAGCUCUGAGACCCAGCCUACCAACCUGACUCUGCACUACGGGUUUAAUAAACUCCAGGAAUGCGGUCAUUACCUGUUCUCUGGAGAGAUCACUUCGGGCUGCUGGUUUCCCCAAAACAAGAUCCAAGCCUACUUCUACUCCACAUUUGUUGUGCAGCUCCAGGAUGCCUCAGAACCGAGGAGGCAGGCCACAAAGAAGCUGAAACUGCAGAAUCUGGUGAUCCCCUGGGCUCCAGAGAAUCUAACACUUCGCAACCUAAGUGAAUUCCAGCUAGAAUUGACCUGGAAUAGCAGCUUGCCGAAUAACUGUUUGGAGUACCGAGUACAGUACCGAAGUAAUCUGGACCACAGCUGGACGGAACAAUCAGUGGGCCAAAGAAAUAGACUCUCUCUGCCUAGUGUGGAUGGGCAGAAACUCUACACAUUCCGUGUUCAGAGCCGCUAUAACCCUCUCUGCGGAAGCUCUCAGCUUUGGAGUGAAUGGAGUCAUCCAAUCAAGUGGGGAAGCAAUAAUUUAAAGACAGGGUCAGGAACCGAAACCAGUGCCUUACAACACACACAAGUAGAUAACUUUUCAUUGUUUAUGUGGGAGACUGUGAUUAUCCCCCUUGGCUCCAUGGCUUUGAUUAUUGGCCUCAUCUGCAUAUAUUGCUGUCUGAAAAGGGCCAUGCCCCGAAUUCCUACCCUCAAGAACCUGGAGGAUCUGGUUACCGAAUACCAUGGGAACUUUUCGGCCUGGAGCGGCGUGUCUAAGGGAUUGGCAGAGAGUCUGCAGCCAGACUACAGCGAACGGCUCUGCCACGUCAGUGAGAUUCCCCCAAAAGGAGGGGCCCUGGUGGAGGUGCCUGGAGGCUCCCCUUGCACCCAACACGGUCCCUACUGGCCCCCCAUGUGAUACCCUGAAACCUGAAACCUGAGUUCUGAAGUGGACAGAAUUAGAGUCCUGUCACCUUAAAUUGUACUAACUUCCAACCAGAGUGACUCCAAUGCCAGCCUUGCAGCAUCACAAUUCCCCAUCCCACUGCCGCUAAUUUUGAACGGUUCCCCCUCAUUCAUCAUUCUCACCUUUGCCCGGUGCCUGCUUCCAUCUCCCCUGAGCUAGCCUUCCUCUUCACAGCAGGCCACCCUGCCUCUU